UCCGUCACGUGUUUGUGGUCGAGUCAGGAAGUAAACGGCGAGACGGGGUCGGUUUCAUCAAACGGGCGAUAAGAAAUGAAUGAUCUGGCGGCGUUUACUGGUUUCAUCGCAUCGCAGGACACAGUGCCGAAUGUGCCCUGAUCGCAGAACGUCCCCAGUAGAUGUAGCGAUUUUCGUAGCCCUAGUAUACCGGCCGGUUUGUGCGAGGUGUCCACCUUUCCGUAGUUCAGCUUCGGGCUCUUUAAGUUUGGAUAAACCUUACGAAAAUUAUGGAGGGAAUUCUGUACAAAUGGACGAACUACAUCACCGGGUGGCAACCGCGUUGGUUCGUGCUGGACAGCGGCAUCCUCUCCUACUACGACUCACAGGACGACGUUUGCAAAGGCAGCAAGGGCAGCAUAAAGAUGUCCGUGUGUGAGAUUAAAGUUCACCCAACUGACAGCACCCGGCUCGAGCUGAUCAUCCCUGGUGAGCAGCAUUUCUAUGUGAAAGCUGUCAAUGCUGCUGAGAGGCAGACCUGGCUUGUGGCUCUCGGCAGCUCUAAGGCUUGCCUGAUAGACAGCCGAACAAAAAAGGAAAAAGAUAUCACAGAAACCACAGAGUCUCUGAAAACAAAGAUGUCGGAAUUGCGCCUUUACUGUGACCUGCUGGUGCAGCAGGUUCACACCAUACAGGAGUCGAUGGAGCAUGAAGCCCCUCAGUCAGCCCCCAGCUUUGAGGUAGUGGCCUCACCAGCAUCAUUCACUAAGGACUCUUCCCUCCCUUCCACCCCCUUCCAGCAUGUGAAUGAUGCUUCCUCCUUACUGAGUGCCACUUGCAACACGUUUAUCAAAACGUUAGAGGAAUGCAUGAAGAUCGCAAAUGCCAAGUUCAAGACGGAAAUGUUCCAGUUAACACCACCCGACACUGUCAUCUCUGCAUUGUCCCCGUCCCCCAUGCAGAUGGUCCGGAUGAAGCGGUCUAUCAGCCAUCCAGGCACAUACAGUUUUGACAGGAGUAGCCAGUCCCCUGGGCAGAACCCUCUGCCCCAUCAGCGGUUUUCCACGAGACGAGCCCACACCACCUCAGAGACAGAGUCACAGAGCGAUGGUUACAUCUCAGAGACAGACAGGCUGGUUCAGUCUUCCAAGGUGAAUGUCAACAGUGAGCUUGUCUUGAGCAUCCCGGAGGAGAUGGGUACAAGCCCCAAAAUGGCAGGUGGGGCGGAGUCGGCCACUGCCAGUCUCUCAACUUGAACUCUGACCACCACAUGAAGGACUCUUGCAGACAUUGUUGCCACAGGAAGUACCAGCUACUUCAUGUCUAAAGAUUUCUCUGCACUUUUCUAAAAACAUGCCUGAAAUGUUUGUAUUCAUCCAGUUUUAAUUGGUCAACAUGACAGAACAGUGUGCAGAGAACUGGACUCAUGGGCUCAGUUGCAGUGGGGGGAGGUGCGCCAUGUACUCUCCAUCUAAGUCAUCACCACACCAAAGACCGAUUGACCAUGCCACUGAUGUGGGUGUACGACUCGUUCUGUCCGGAACCUGUGUUUGCUCGUUCCCAGUCACGAUAAAAAAGUUCUAUUUGUGA